AUGGCUUUACUUUCUCGUCAAUUUCUCCCCUUUUCACAGUCCUGUAGGCGCAUAUUUGGCACCGCUUUUGUACUAAAUCUUCAGCGCACAAAAAAAUCAAUAUCAUUUGAACCUGAGGAACCCACUCAGAAAGGACGCAGAAAAGAAUUGAUUGAAGCUGUACUCUAUGGAUCAAAGAAGGUUAAAGAAGAGGAGCGCCAGACUCACUCAAAGAUGUUGGCCAGAGGAAAAUAUGUUCACGAAUUACAAAAGCACAAAGUAAAGCCAGACAAGGUUGACGCCUAUAUUGAGUUGAUGACGAGUCACCUUCCUUACAUUGCAAACGAUCCGCUUAACGAUGUCCAUCUUUGUGGGAGCUGGAUGAUAGAUAUAGGAGAGCAAGACACAUUUGUACAUGUGUGGGAAUACAAGGGAUAUCCUGGUCAUCUGCAAACUAUGGAAAGACUGGCUAAAGAUCCUAAUCACAUCAGAUUCUUGAAAGAACUCGGUCCCUUGUUAAGUUCCCGAGAGAACAAUAUGAUGCUUGAGUUUUCUUUCUGGAAAACGUCUCCCCCAAAGAUCAGUAAUGGCCUAUUUGAGCUUCGGCGUUAUAGCCUAAAGCCUGGAAGUCUUUUGGAGUGGGAAAUGUAUUGGCGCAAAGGACUAGAAUGUCGACGACAAUUUUGUGAGCCUGUGGGUGCUUGGUUUACUCAACUUGGUUCGCUCAACACAGUCUAUCACAUGUGGAGUUAUCCUGAUUUACAAACACGAAAAACAAGUCGUGAAUCUGCUUGGAGUCUUGAUGAAUGGCCACAGACAGUGUAUAAUACAGUACGUUUGGUGGACAAUAUGACUUCGUAUAUCUUGAAACCUUUGCCAUUUAGCCCAUUACGAUAG